UGGAACAUAUAAAUGGUGUGAUCAUAGUUAAGCAAGCAUCCAAAAAGGAGGGAAGAACUUAAAAACUUUACCCCUCCAGAGUCCAGACAUACAUUGAUUUGGUUAUUUCAAGUUAGGGAGAUGAUGGGUAGUAUAGAUAAAAGAUGGAGGCUUCUUAACGGCCAGGAAAAUUGGAAGAAUCUCUUGGAUCCUCUAGACAUUGAUCUCCGGCGAAACAUAAUUCACUACGGAGAAAUGGCUCAGGCGACUUAUGACACCUUUAUCACUGAGAAAGCCUCCAAGUUUGCCGGAAGCAGCAGGUAUGCAAGGGCGGAUUUCUUUUCCAAGGUGGGUCUAGUGAAAACCAAUCCUUUCAAGUAUCAGGUAACCAAAUUCCUGUACGCUACAUCCCGGAUCGAAGUCCCAGAAGCGUUUAUCAUCAAAUCGUUGUCAAGGGAGGCAUGGAGUCGGGAAUCGAACUGGAUGGGUUAUGUUGCAGUGGCCACAGAUGAAGGGAAGGCUGUAUUAGGCAGGAGGGACAUUGUGGUUGCAUGGAGAGGUACAGUGGAGGACUUGGAAUGGGUUGACGAUUUCAGCUUCAACUUAGUUUCGGCCUCUGAGAUACUGGGAGGCACCAAUGAUCCUAAGGUCCAUCAGGGUUGGUUGUCCAUCUACACUUCUGACGAUCCAAGGUCGCCAUUCAACAAGGCCAGUGCUAGAGACCAGGUUCUGAGCGAGGUAAGGAGACUGGUGGAAUUAUUCAAAGACGAGGAGAUCAGCAUAACCAUAACAGGCCACAGUCUGGGGGCAGCUCUCGGAACAUUGAACGCAGCUGAUAUUGUUGCUCAUGGAUUAAACAAACCCAGAAACCAUCCACACAGGGCCUGUCUAGUUACAGCAAUUCUGUUUGCUAGUCCCCGCGUCGGAGACGACAACUUCCAAGAAGUCUUCUCCGGCCUGGAAAACCUCCGACUAUUACGUGUUCGUAACGCCUUGGAUGUGGUACCCAAUUACCCACUUCUGGGCUAUUCAGAUGUGGGAGAAGAGUUGGCAAUUGACUUCCGGAAAUCGAAAUUCAUAAAGGCUUCUGCAAACCCAUCGCUUUGGCACAACCUGGAGUGCUAUCUGCAUGGAGUUGCAGGAACUCAAGGAGCUAAAGGAGGAUUCAAGUUGGAAGUUGGGCGUGAUAUUGCGCUUGUGAACAAAACGACGGACGCAUUGAAAGAUGAACAUCUUGUUCCAGUGUCGUGGUGGUGCGAGAAGAAUAAGGGGAUGGUUCAAAGGGACGACGGAACCUGGAAGCUGAUGGACCACGAGGAAGAUUAUCCAGAGUUUUGAAUCUUAAAUUGACCGUUGCAUUGCAUUGAGUAGAACCAUAUAUUCUCUAUUCCACUGUUCACUGGAUUCUUUGGUUUGGCCUGGUUUGUUUAUAAAAUGCAUUGGUGCAAAAGUAUAGGAGCGCAAAUGAGUUCAACGCAAUUUCUCUUUUAUUUUGUCCGGACUUUUACAUUAUUUUGUUUGUUUAGGUGUAAAAGUAAAACCCGAAGUAAAAAUGUACCAGAAUUUACAUU